UUGCUUAUCUUCCAGAGAUUCUAAUAUCAGGAAUUUGUAAAGGUGGACUAAUUAGAGAAGUUUCCAUGCCAUCCUGCAGAAAAGUGAUGUGCUCUUGACGGCAUCUAAACAUAUUUCAGAUUAGUUAUCCCUUUCUGCGAGUCAUCAGAAAGCAGUGCAAAUUUGGUUGGCGAAGUUCUCCUUUUCAGUCAUAAUCUGGAUGUAUCAGUAGCUGAUUUCCAUGGACGGGCAUUCCGUUUAAGUACCCUGCCAUAAAUCAGAACAGGAAAUGUCCAAGUUAGUAUGGUCUGGAAUGUGUCUUGCUACUCGUUUUUUUUUUGUAAUAUGCGCAACCAUAACAAUUCCCUAAAGGAUAAAAGGCAUGGUAGGAUUGACAGAAAUUUUGAUUGACAUGUUUGUGGUGCUCCAUGAGCAUCUGCAACUAUGUGCAAAGCGGAGGUCCCUCCUGGUUGGGAAAAGCUGCCAUGGGCUAGCCAUUCAUUUUGGUCUGGUAACAGAUACUCUAACAUGCAAUAUUCUAAUCAACUUGUACACGAAAUGUGGUCGGAAUGAUUGUGCUCGUCAUGUUUUUGAUGGAAUGCUUGCCAGAAGCAUAGUCUCAUGGAAUACCAUGAUUGCUGGAUAUACUCAGAGUGGAGAGGAUGUACAAGCUCUGAAGCUUUUUCAAAGGAUGCACCGAGAAGGGAGACAACUGACUGAAUUUACUUUAUCCAGCACAAUCUGUGCAUGCGCUGCAAAAUAUGCUAUCAAUGAAUGCAAACAAUUACACACUAUUGCAUUCAAGCUUGCAUUGGACUCAAACAGCUUUGUUGGGACAGCAAUUCUAGAUGUUUAUGCAAAAUGUAAUAUGAUUAAGGAUGCCUGCUGGGUUUUUGAGAAGAUGCCUGAUAAAACUUUAGUUACAUGGAGUUCAUUGUUCGCAGGAUAUGUGCAGAAUGGUCUUCACGAAGAAGCAUUAUGUUUAUUUCGGAAUGCCCAAAGGGAAGGAGUAAAAUUGACGGAAUUCACUCUUUCUGCUAUCAUUAGCGCAUGUGCAAGCUUAGCAUUGAAAAUUGAAGGGACACAACUGCAUGCAGUUAUUGUGAAAUGUGGUUUUCAUGGGAACUUCUUUGUGGCAGCAUCUCUUGUGGAUGUGUAUGCAAGGUGUGGCCAGAUUGAAAAAUCUUAUGCACUGUUUGCUUAUAUGGAACAGAAGAAUGUGGUCAUAUGGAAUGCAAUGAUUGCUGGUUUUUCGAGGCAUGCCCAUUCUUGGGAAGCUAUGAUCCUCUUUGAGAAAAUGCACCAGUUACGUAUUUUUCCAAACGAAGUUACCUAUCUCUCCAUGUUGUCACUGUGCAGUCAUGCAGGUUUAGUUGAAGAGGGUCGUCACUACUUUAACCUGCUAAUAUCUGAUCGGACUGUUGAACCUAAUGUCCUUCACUAUUCUUGUAUGGUUGAUGUUCUGGGUCGAUCUGGGAAGACUGAUGAGGCCUGGGAAUUGCUUCACAAAAUGCCAUUUGAGCCAACUGCUUCUAUGUGGGGAUCUUUGCUUGGGUCAUGCAGAAACUACAAUAAUAGUGACUUAGCCAGAAUAGCUGCCGAACAGCUUUUCCAACUUGAGCCUGACAAUGGAGGGAACCAUGUUUUGCUCUCAAAUGUAUAUGCUGCCAGCGGGAACUGGGAGAAUGUUCUGAUGGCAAGGAAAUAUUUGAAGGAUAGUGGUGCAAAGAAAGAAAUGGGCAGGAGUUGGAUUGAAGCAAAGGGCAAAAUCCAUGUCUUUGUUGUUGGAGAGAGAAAGCACCCAGCAAUCACUGAUAUCUACAAUAAGCUGGAGGAAAUUUAUCACGAUAUGAAAAAAAUUGCUCACAUAACCAAAAUAGAAUGUGAUCUGCAUGAUGUUCAUGACGACCAAAAAGAGGAUCUGCUUAAACAUCACAGUGAGAAGUUAGCACUUGCUUUUGGGUUAAUCAGCUUACCUCCUAAUAUACCAAUUAUAAUACACAAGAACCUUAGGAUAUGCGGGGACUGUCAUUCAUUCAUGAAGGUUGCAGCCCAUAUUACCAAACAUCUUUUCAUUGUCAGAGAUACCAAUAGAUUUCACCAUUUUAAGGAUGGCUCAUGUUCUUGCGGGGACUUUUGGUGAUGUAAGGCUGAAUUGGAGAAUGGUAGUCAUCUACCAGUGGUACUCUAUUCAUGUAGCAAAUUAUUGCCUGUCAGUAGUGGCACUGCAACACUAAAUGUCUUUGUCAGGACUGAUCUUGAUAGUUUUGCCAUUCAAGUCAAUAAUGUCAUGCUGCUGGCUCCAUUGAAUGUAAUAUCAACACUAUCGUCUGAUCUGUGCAUAAGAAAUGGAAGUGGAUGCAAGCCCUUCGUUAAUUGAAUAGACUGCGUCACCAACAAAGCUGUAUCUUGUACAUGACGAGCUACAUAUUUUUCCGUGGUCCAACAAAGAUAUACAUAGGAAGUGGAUGCAAGAUUUGUUCUUACAGAAAUAGAUAUGGGAUUCUUCUCACCUCAACACUUGCUUGAUUCAGUGCGUGAAGAAGUCUGCUAUGCCACUUACUUGGUACUACCAGUGUAAUUAUUGAGAACUGUACCAGCUGAUGCACAUUGUGGUUCCAGCUCCGAGUCCUUAUGAUCGAAUCUUUCUUGUCACGCUUUCCACUCCAACAGUGAUGAACCCUGGAAAGUGGUAUAUCUUGGUCUCCUUCCCCUAGCACUACUCCUGACAUAUUCAAUUUCUGGAACAGUUCAUUCCCUAUACUGUAUUUAUAUAUCUUGCAUUUGAACAUAAUUUGUACUAGCAAUUCGUGGCUACAAAAAAUGAGUAAAACCUACCACUGCAGGUUUCAAAUCCAAUUAUUCAUAUUUGUUUCAAUUCACCAUAGCAAAUGUUCUGUUAUAGCUUUAAUAUUGAAAACUAAGUUUCCCUGGAGCUUUGCUCAUAUGCUAGGACAACUAUACUUUUUUGUGAGCUUUCAGUUCACAAGUUAUAAUAAUCUGCCAUUCUAGGGUUUGCUCCAGCAUGACAAGGAGGAAAGCAGUUGAUAUUUUUGAAAUAACACCAACACACUGGUUCCCAUUUUAUUACCAAAUAACCCGAGGUUUCUUCUGUGCAGCACUAGAUAAAACUUGUUGUCUGAUACUUCCUCUACUUCUGACAAAUCUUGUCACUUCCGUUUCUGUUAACCAUAUCGUCUUACUGUCACAUCCUCCUGGUCAUGCUGGAGUCUGUUUUUGAUGCAUUUCCUCCAGAAUUGGCGAUGCCGACCUGUUUGCAGCUUUGGUUGGAGUUGCUCUUAGUUAGUCUAGAAUGUUGCUACUUUGAGGCAUACCCCAUCAAUAAUAUGUACAUCUUUUCAUCUCCUUGUACUACGGUAUAACAUAGCAAAGUAUCAAUAAUUCAAUACAGUGAAGAUGUCUGUCCUUGUUGUCGAAAAUAAGAUGCAUGUCCUUGUCAUUUGUCAUCCUUACGACUUACUACUUAGUAGAUGUGCAUGUUUUUUGCAUCGUGAUACAACCAGGCAGCUCUGGUUCCUGCAGAGUCCCCACUGGUCCACCAUCUGCGCAUGUUACAACUGUUUCUCAAGGAAAGUACUGUGUGUGUACAAAAGCUGGCGUCUAGAACCACUAGCAGGGCCCAUGGAAAAGGAAACAAGACAUAUGAUAGUGGACCAUUCAUCAGGUUAGCCAUUCUUUGUGGACCAUGCAUCAUGAACUUUGGACCAAGCAUCAUGAACUUCAGAAGGCAGCAGCUUCUUGAAGGAAAGAGAUCUUGUGCCUGAUGCCUGAUGGGUAUACCAUAGCAUUCUGUACGUCCAGUUUGAGUUGGCCCCUAACACGCCAAUUUUCUGGGUCAAGCCUUUGGUAGUCCUGUAGUCCAUUAUACAAGGGCGUAUGUUAUGCGUCCUCAUCUCAUAUGGUUGUCUAAUCUGCUGGUGGUUUCCAUUCCUCGCCUGCAAAUUUACAGUCAUUGGGUUGUCGUAUUCUUGGUUAUGGCUGUUUUGUCUCAGGCUCUUGGGAACCAACAUUUGUCUUACCAAAAUAACUU